GUGAUCCUGUACAGGUAGGAGGACCAGGAACAAUUAACACCUGCGACCCGCCAUGUUGGAUUUUUGAAGUUUUUCUUCAGUUUUAAACAUUGUGGAAGUUGGUCUAUAAUACCUUCUGGCAGCCUUUUUACAUGCAAAUUGUGGACAGAAAAUGUUGCAACCAUUCCAUGGGCAGCUGGGGGUCCAGGAACAAAGUAAAACACCCAGAACCCGCCAUGUUGGAUUGUGACGUUUGGUAGUUUACCUGGAUUUGACUUGAAUUAAUAUCCCUAUAGAAAAUAAAGAAAAGGUCAGCUGACUAUGGACGGGCCCUGUAACAGCGCCCAGGAUGUUGUACGCUGCACCCUGUGUCAGGACUCUGUGGGCCCCAUGUACUGUGAAGUUUGUCAUAUACAUCUGUGUAAAGACUGUGUAGAGACCCAUUUCUCUGAUUCCUCUAAAGUUCAUAAAGUGAUGUCUCUUAAACAAUAUUUAACCACCCUGAACUAUCCCAAGUGUAGGAAACACCCCACCAAACAAUGUGAACUCCACUGUGAACAAUGUGACAUUCUUAUUUGUGCACAAUGUAAAUCUUCUAAAAAACAUUUAGGACAUAUACAAGUUGACAUUCUUAAAACCUUUGAAAGCAAAACGGAAAAACUGCAAAAAGAUUUGCAAGAAUUGGAGAAAUCUAUUUAUCCUAAAUACAAAGAGAUUGCAUCCAACAUCCCAGUGCAGAAAUCUGAUCUUAAUAAAAACUCCCAGAAAUUGAUAACAGCAAUUGACAACCAAGGAGAAGUCUGGCACAGAGAAAUAAACGCCAUGAUCAGAAACCUGAAAUCUAACGUAGAGGAAAUGGAAUCCAAACACCUGGUCGUCCUAAACAAACAGGAAGAUGAAAUCACACGCACCAUUUCUGAAAUCACACAGACUAUUGCUGAACUGAAGAAGUUACUGAACUCCAAAGAUGUUUGCUUUGUCUCUGAGUACAAAUCCAGGAACGCUGAAUUCAGAAAAUUGCCUCCAAAACUCAAAGUGUCCUUAUCAAACUUUAGGCCUCAGAAAAUUCACACAGAUCAGCUUAUCAAACAGUUUGGUUCUCUGUCAGCAUUAUCUUUUACAACAGAGGAACAAGACUACAGCAUGCCGACCCAGGGAGCCGAGUCCUCUCCCCCAGACCGGUCAUUGAUGGAUGAUCCCCGGGUUACCACAGCUAUAGACACAGGGUAUAAACCUCUAUACGGCGUGACGUGUCUGAAUGAUGAAGAAGUGUGGACAUGUGGUGGUGGCAGCAUGACGAAACUCUUCAACCUGCAGGGAAAAGCAGUGAAAUCCAUCCAAACAAAGUCAGGGAAUCAGCCAGAGGAUAUAGCAGUGACAAGGAGUGGGGAUCUAGUUUAUACUGAUUACUUUGAUAGAACUGUGAACAUAGUGAAGAAUACACAGAUACAGGCAGUAAUCAGACUACAGGGGUGGAAACCUAUCUGUGUCUGUAGUACCUCCUCUGGUGACCUCCUGGUUGUCAUGGACAGUGAUGAUGAUAAACAAUCAAAAGUUGUGUCUUACUCUGGCUCCACAAAGAAACAAAGUAUUCAGUACGAUGACAAAGGACAACCUCUUUAUUCAUCUGGUGGCACUAAAUACAUCAGUGAGAACAGAAAUUUAGAUAUCUGUGUUUCAGACUGUUACGCCCGUGCAGUAGUGGUGGUCAAUCAGGCCAAGAAACUCCGGUUUACCUACACUGGUCCUCCCUCUACUACCAAGGGAUCAUUUAAUCCACGCGGCAUCACAACAGACAGCCAGGGUCGGAUCCUGACAGCAGACUGUACCAACAACCGUAUCCACAUCCUGGAUCAGGACGGACAGUUCCUCCGCUACAUUUACUGUCAUUUACGGGGUCCAUGGUGUUUGUGUGUGGACACCAGAGACAACCUUUUUGUGACUGAACUUUUCACAGGUAAAGUGAAGAAAAUCCAAUAUUACAUGUAAAUCAAUUAGCUGCAAAAAUUAGAUAUAAACAAACAACGUGUAACAUGUAAACAAUUUAACCAGAUCUAUGAUUGGCUGUGUC